UGGAUUAUCCGUCUGUCCCUCUCCCCCUUCAUUCAUCUCCCUCCACCCAUGAACUUUUUCUCAGAACGCCCACAACUUUCAUCAGUUCAUUCUGGGAAUCUAUCGACACCAUGACGGCUAUCCCCGGCCAAUUUGACGAUUGCGAGGACGCCGUCAGCGACCCCACCAAGGCCGUUGUUGACGGCCAAUCCAAGGCGUCGAUGAAAGUGGUACCGGUUGUCAGUGAACAAGCAGAAGAAGAAGUCAAAAUCGGUCUUUCCACAGAACAUAAUGAAGUGAGGGAUGAAGCUACCCAAGUUGUGGAUGCCAUUAAAAACUCCUUGAAUGCCGUGACAAGUCAAUUUGAAGAUGCCGCCAAUGCCGUGACAGACCAUGAAGAAUACAAUGACGAAGAUGAUGACAGUGAUUUUGAAGAUGAAGAUGACGCAUAUUACGGCUAUGACGACCAAGAUGGUCCCGCCAAUAAUAAUACUGCGACCACUACUACCACCAGUUCGGCUGCGGCAUUGUCGAAACGCAUGAAUCUCUCUCAUUCCGUCAAGAAUGCCGUGACCAAAAUGCAACACUUGGAAAACACCAAACGGACAUUGACCACGGACCGCAACGAUCGAGCUACCACGGAACAAUGUCUCGAUCCACGCACUCGUCUCAUUUUGUUCAAAUUGAUCAGUCGAGGAUUUCUAGAGCAAAUCGAUGGAUGUUUGAGUACGGGAAAAGAAGCCAAUGUCUACUAUGCCAAGGCGGGAAAGGCGGGAAUUAGUACCAUUGCCGAUGCCAGCAGCAGUAGUGGUGAUAAUAUUGCCGAAUUUGCCAUUAAAAUCUACAAGACGAGUAUUCUCGUCUUUAAGGAUCGAGACAAGUAUGUGGCAGGAGAACAUCGAUGGAGAAAGGGAUACUGCAAAUCCAAUCCCCGCAAAAUGGUCAAGGUUUGGGCCGAAAAGGAAAUGAGAAAUUAUCGUCGAAUCUAUGCCGCGGGCAUCCCCUGUCCGGCACCCAUUCUGUUGAAAUCGCAUGUCCUCAUUAUGGAAUUCCUGGGAAACAAUGGUUGGCCAUCACCACGUCUCAAGGAUACCAAUCUCAAAGAAAAACGACUGCGAGAAGCUUACGUACAAACCAUUUUUAUCAUGAGACACAUGUUCCAACGAUGCAAACUAGUGCAUGGGGAUCUCAGUGAAUACAAUCUGCUAUGGCACAAUUCCGAGAUUUAUGUCAUUGACGUUAGUCAGUCCGUAGAGAGUGAUCAUCCCUCCGCUCUAGACUUUUUGCGCAAAGAUGCUUCCAACGUCAAUGACUACUUUGCCAAAACGGGAGGACUCCAUGUCAUGACAACACGACAACUCUUCGAAUUCAUUAUUGCGCCCUUGGUACCAGCCGACAAAUUGACCGACCGGGAGGCGGUCGAUGCGUUCGAAAUGGCUCGUCUCGACGAAAUCAUGAAUGAGGUCGACCGGAAUGCCAAGCAACAAUCCAAGUCGUCGGAACAGGAGCGACGAGCCUACAAUCAGCAAGAAGCCGUGAAUGAAGCCGUCUUUAUGAGUAGCUUUUUGCCACGUAGUUUGAAUCAAGUUGCCGAUUAUGACGUUCACAAGCUCGAAAAGGGAGACGUGGAAGAUACCUAUGCCAAUGCCGUGGCAUCCUUGACCGGUAACCAAAACGUUGUGGAUGCCAUCACGGCCAAAAAGACACAGUCGCAGCAAGGUGAGGUAGUCAGUGUCGAGGAAGGGGGGAAGAGUGGAGCCGACAAUUCACACGUGCCAAAAGAAGAGGCAACCGCACUAACAGCUGAAGGGGAAGAGGAGGACGAAAGCGACGACGACAGCUACGACGAGUCCGACGACGACGACGACGAUGGCUCUGAGCGAUACCAAAAGGUUCCACGGACGGCGGAGGAACUGCAUGCCGAAAAAGAGGCCAAAAAGGAGGAGCGAAAAGCUAACAAAAAGGCGGUCAGGGAGGCUCAGAGCGAAAAGCGCCGCACCAAAAUCAAAAAGAAAGACAAGAAACGAGCUAUCAAAAAGGCCAAGGCUGGAAACCGAAAGAAUAAGUAG